UCGGAAGAAAAAAUUACACCAAUUAAAACAAUUUCCAUUGAUUCGCUAAAUUUUUGCGAAACAGAAUUAAGAAAAUUAGAUAAUUUUAAAUGUGAAUCAAUUGUUAAUUAUUCACAAAAUGAUUCCAUUGAAUCAGAUAUUUUGAAAAAUAUAAAAACACGAAUAGACGAAGAUUUUGCAGAAAAUUUUAAUAUUCAAAAUUCACCAAUUUCCAAAUUACCCCAACGAAUAAUGUUAAAUGAAAAAAAUUCAUCAACUAUAAUAAUGGAAAAAAAAAUUUUACAUAAAAAUGAAAAAAUUACCACCUAUUUGGAAAAAAAUGAAAAAAUUUUAUCACCCAAAACAUUUCGUAUGAAAAAAAGUCCAAAAAAAUCACUAAUACCAAAAGCAAUAAAAUCAAUGAAAUUACAAGAUGAGAAAUUAUUAAUAAAUAACGAAUUAAAUUUAAUAAUGAGAGAAAAUAGUGAAAAUUUUGAAUGGAGAAAUCUUGAAUUAAAUGAGGGAAAAAAUUCACCAACAAGAAAUUUAAUCGAAUCUAUUGAUUCGGGAAUUCAUACGGAUUUUUCUCUAACCGAACAAAGAAUAGAAAAAAAUUCCUAUCGUUCGACAAAUGAUGAUUCCUUAAGAUUGAGGGGGAAAAAUGACAAUUUAUUUGAAUCAAGAAUGGGAUUUCGAUAUUUUGAUAUUAAUAAUGAAAUUUUUUGGUCUAACGAUGAGGCAAUGGAUUGUAAACUUGAGGAAGUUGUUGAGAAUUUACGUGAAGAAUUGUAUCAAUUUGAAAUGAGAAUGAGAGAAAAAAUUAAUGGAAAUAAUUUAUUGGUUCAUGAUGAAAAUUUUGAUUUUAGCUACAGAAAUAUUGAAAAGCCGAGACGUAAAAGCUCAUUCACCAGUUGGUCAGAUUCUUCAAAGAAUUCUUUUUUGUCCAGCGGAGAGGAUUUUGACAUGAAUAUCUCAAGCCCCACACUCUCACUAUUCACAGAUUCAGAAUAUGAAAAAUCUUCCCAAAUAUAUUCAGAUUAAUUUUUAAGUCAGUGGUUUUUUUUUUUUUUGCAAUUUGCAAUAAAGGAAUGUAAUAAUGUUCUUGUAAAAAAAGUACAAAAUGCUUUUUUUUUGUUAUUUUUCAAUUUUAAUCUCAAAUAAAAAAUAGUUUUUUUGUUAACAAAUUUUGUACAAUAAUUAGAAACCAGUUAUAAAACGAAAAAAAAGUAAAUGAAAAUUUUUUUUUUAUCAAAAA